UCAGUUUUAUGUCAACACUAGGCAGUGGUGGUCGCGUCUUGGUAUUGACUUUUCGCGCGGUUUUUCGAACUUUUUCGUGUUUCGAUCGUUGAAUUAUUUUUGUUUGUGUUGUGUUUUAUGGAUUGUAUGCUUUGGAUUGUGUAUGGUGAAAGAUAAUGCCAUUCCGCUGACUCAAUGUCAAAUUCAAAACAACAUGCGACGAAAUAAACCAAAAUGCUAAUCGACGAUUUACUGGAAGUGCGCGCGCGCAGGGAUGUAACGAAAUCCGUAAAUAGAUGCAAACGGAUGCGGAUAACGGAUGUUUGGUUCCUGCUGGUGAUCUUUGUUAGCGGUUGCUAUGGUUACGAGGAACAGAGGUUCGCUAUGGAGCCGCAGGAUCAGAGUGCAAUCGUCGGUUCCCGUGUAACCCUACCAUGCAGGGUGGAGCAUAAAGCUGGUACAUUACAAUGGACAAAGGACGACUUCGGUCUGGGCACUCAUAGGAAUCUCAGUGGAUACGAACGGUAUUCUAUGAUUGGGAGUGAUGAAGAAGGUGAUUAUUCCUUAGACAUUCGUGACGUCACAUUAGAUGACGACGGCAGUUACCAGUGUCAAGUUAGCUCAGGGCUUAAUGGCGCUCCAGCAAUCCGAUCAAGAUAUGCCCAUCUUACCGUCCUGGUGGCUCCGGAACCGCCAAGGAUACUCCAAGGUGCCUUCAUAGAUGCCACUGAAGACCAGCCUAUUGAUAUAGAAUGUGUGUCUGAAGGUGGAAAGCCUGCUGCUGAAAUAACGUGGGUAGAUGGAAAUCAGAAUGUAAUGAAAAACGACGUUGAAAACCGAGUCGAACUGUUACCGGACGAACAGAGAUAUAGAACAAGAUCUGUUUUGCGGUUAGUACCAAGUAAGGUGCACCACAAUCAAACCUUGACCUGCCAAGCUCAGAACACAGCUGAUCGAGCGUAUAGAAUGGCCACUGUACAUAUUGAAGUGAAAUACGCUCCAAAGAUCAACGUAUCAAUUAUAUCUGGGGCCAUAAACAACAAGGUACCAGAAGGCACGGAGGCCCGGUUUCGAUGCUCGGUUGACGCAAAUCCCAUAGCCCAAGUAUACCGGUGGUUUAUUAAUAAUAACCCAGUUAUUGGGGAUUAUGCUGACGAAAUGAUAAUUUUCAACGUGUCCCGAAAACAUAAUAAGGCAAUUGUAAAAUGCGAAGUUAGUAACUCCGUGGGGAAAAAUGCCGCGACGCUCACUUUGAAUGUCACUUAUCCACCCUCAUUCCGUACUCGACCACGGAACUUGGAAGCGAAACUGGGCGAAAGCGUUACACUCUCUUGUGAUGUGGAUGGUCAUCCAACACCGGAGAUUCGAUGGCUGUUCCACGAACCUGGUCGUAUCGGGCAGGUUAAGGGGAAAGCACCAAAUUUAAAGGUGUUUGUCGACGAGAGAUCAGCGGGACGAUACAUUUGUAAGGCUGGAGUCGAUGGCUAUCCUGAGAUUGAGAGUGAAGCCACUAUAUUUAUUAAAGGCCCACCAAAAAUCCUAUCAAAUAGGACACAAGUAGGUAUAGAAGGAGAGAAAGUUUCCAUCGAAUGUGAAGCUUUGUCAGUACCACGGCCUGAUGACGUCAGAUGGUACUUUGAAGGAAAGGAAAUUAAUUUUAUACAAGAUCCCGACUACGCAACAAAACUAGAUGAUUCAUCACCAGAUGGUAUAAUAAAAUCGAGUCUAGUCAUACGGGCUAGCCAAUCCAAACACUACGGAAUUUAUAACUGUAGCGUGACGAAUGAAUAUGGGAACGCUAAUGUAGCGAUUUUGUUGAAGCCUUUGAAAACUCUACCCCUCUUCAUAAUCAUAACCGGUGUGACAUCUGGCAUCAUAUUCUUUUCUGCUUUAGUCAUUCUUCUGGUAAUUUGUCAUAGAAGAAGAAGACAGAAGACACAGAUUAACGAGAAACCAGAUGUGACAGUCACUGGAGAUGCUUAUAAAGAGAGUGAUAGAAGUUCUAAUAUAAGUGAUUUGAAACUACAGUUACCGCAGGGAGAUAGUUUUGAUCUGGAAUACACAAGUUCCGAGCGUUCAGACAAGAACCAAGCAGGUCUCCCGCUAGCCGGGCCCGUCCCGCUACCGAACAUACGACACGACGACACGAUGUUACAGUUCCGAUACAGUAACGACUACUCCGAUCAGUCGUAUGCUGAUCAUUAUUUUAAGAAUCCAGCAGCCUACGUAUACGACUAUCCACAAGGCUAUGUACCUCCCCCCCAUUUGAGGGUACAAUCCCCACCACAAUUGGAUGUUCCUUCUAGUCGAUCACUGCAAGGUUCAUUAACUCGAAGUAUAGACACAGCGUCAACGCUUCCCUUGUCAGCGGGCAACGGAUCGCAAAGCAAUUCGUUGCAACGACCGAAAGGAGAAGAAACUGACGCUAUUAACAAUUUAGGGUUGCCAGUUGGCGGUGAAGGACCGCAAGUAGCAGUGCCGUCACAAGCAAGUAAAGGCGGUGUGGACUUGCGUUACGCCGCUACGUACGGGAAUCCUUAUUUAAGAAAUAGUUCUUUGGGCUACCCACCAGUACAUACAGCGAAACCAGCAUCAACCCCCGCCCCACCGCCCUACACAGCGCGACAUGCGCCAGGUACAUAGCUUAGGUUUACAACAGGCAACGAACGUAUAGCGAGAGCUUCCCGUUUAGUGUAAAUAGUGAAGUGAAAUGGAUUUAGUGAAAUUUACAACGACACUUAUGUGAUACGAAAUAUGAAAGAAACACUACAAAGUUAUAAAGUUUUUUAUAAUCUAGUGUUGUCUCAAGUUCGAUUCCCGUUUGGUGCAAAUCGUCGAUUAUUCUGUCAGUAUUUAAUGUGUGUGUGUUCAGCCUUGUUAUUUUUUUUACAAUUACGAAUAAUUUCGUAAUAAAAAAAAUAAUUCAGUUAAACUGUACAUAUCCAAUUGUAGUGAUACAAUUUUUGUAUUAAGAACAACUCGAAUUCAAAUUUAGAAUGUUCUUCAUUCGAAUUUGAAUAUAGAACAGUGACGUCACGCAUCUAAACAAAUUCUGACGUAGAUUUUUGUAAUAUAUGUUCCUAAAUAAAUGAUACGACUGAUUGUAAAUAAUAGACUAAGUGUAUACAGAUGUAUAAAGAAUUUAAAAAGUUUAAAGUGCAUAUGCAUGCUUUAAUUAUUUAAGAAUAUAUUAUUAUCAAUAUUACAAUUACAAUUUAAAUUAAUUAUACAAAUUGUUAUAAACACAAUUGUAAUUGGACAAAGAGAGAAAGGUCCAAUACAAUAUAUUGAAUAUGUAAAACAAUUUAUUAAUAACGAAUUGUUCAUAGAUAUUGAAAGAUUCAAUCUAUAAAAACUAUUAAAAUUAUUUUAAUUUUUUUAAAGCCUUAUAAUUAGUACAGCUAUGAAAAAGAUAAUUAGUCCACAUUUCAAUUAUGUAUUACAAUUUCUGUAAAUAUUACAAUAUUAUAAAACAUUUAUAAGUUUUGUGUUGAUUAUAUUUUUAUUGUAAAUUGUAUUUAGAUUAGCUAGAUAUAAUAAUUGUGAAACAUUUUAGUUGACAUACAAAUUAUAAGCUAAUUUGUAGAGGUCGAAAUAAUAUUAUGUAAUACAAAAGGUUUUUAUAUCCUAUUUUUUACUUUUCUCAGUUUAAAAUCAAAUUGCAAAUACAUUUUUAAAUUGUAAUUUUACUCCUGAGACUUUUUUGAUUCAUGCGAACGAAAAAUGUCGUCCUUUCACUUUUGUCCACUAUAAAAAUUUCAAUGAUUUAUAUCUAGCUAAUACUAAAUGAAACUGCAUUUUAUUAUAUUCAUUGAUAAAUAUAAAUAAUUAUUAUAUUUUUGCUCAAUUAUAGUGAAACUUACAUGAUUAGAAUUUUUGGCAUUUGAUAAAAAAAAUAUGUAUUUGGCCAAUUUAUAAACGAAAUUACUGGAACGAAAAAUAUGAAAUUUCUAGAUUAUAAUAUUCUGUGAUAAAAUAUAUAUUUAGAUAGUACUCGAAGCUUCGAUGGUCAGUUUAUUUUGUAUCGUGUGCGUUUUUAUUAUCAAGUGAUAUAAAUAUAUAAAAAAAUCUGCAUGUUUGUUUUUCUGUUGCAUGCGAAUACGCUACUUUUGUUUCAAUAUACAUAUUUGAUGACAGUA